CACUUGUUGUCUGUUGUUGCAUACAGGAAGUAUGUGUACCGGUCGAGGCGGUGUAAACAUGGGGCCUUCCUAUAUUUUCAUGUUAAGCAUUAUUAUUUGUGGCAUUUUGGUGCUGCCUUGUGAGGGAUGUGGGCUCACUACUCAUACUGAAAUAGGUCACAGGGCCAUGCUCAACUUUAAAAGCACGUCUAAGAAGAUGGACUACAACCAGCUGCUACUGAAGCAUCAAGACGCGUUCCAGGCCGGUAACGUUUAUCCUGACUCCUACUAUGAUUCAAUAUGUCGGAAAGGGAAGUACCACAGUGUAUCUGAGGACACCCAUUGGUCCGAGUUCCUCAACGUCACCAUCAACCACAUCCGGCGGAAAUACCCCCCGCCAUGGAAUGAGGCUACAGAGAAGCUGGUGGUGUUCCUGUUGGGGAUAGUGUCACACCAAGUAGCAGACAUCUCAUGGCACAGCCUGGGGAUAGACCAGGGCUUCCUGAGCACCAUGGGUGACGUCAACUUCCACGGAUCCUUCAGCAGCGCCCAUAGCGUGGGAGAUCCCGGAGGUGACGUUGUUGGAACAUUUGAGUGGGACUUGGACUACAUCCACACCGUCUCGGAUUGGUAUGUUCCUGUCCAGGACCUUGUGGACAUCUACAGGGAGUUUUAUGGGAAACCCAUCAUGGAUGCGUCUAUCGUUGAAGAGUGCACGGCCAUAAUGUUUCUCGCAAGAUUAGGGGAGAGGCUGGUAUUUUCAAAGUUGUUUCCGGAGCUCUCCCGAACCUCUCCGUUCCUGAUUGAGGAGUUCCAGUCGUACUUCCUGGGCGGGGUGGAUGACAUGGCCGUGUGGACAGCCAACAUCUGGCACCACGCUAUUCACAUGCUGGACAACGGGAUGAGUGCAUGUUCGGUGCCCCACAACCCACUUUACAUCAGAUGCAAUGCCGAUCACAUGCCAGCCACUCGAAAUGACAGGAAUAAGAACGGAUUUUACAUGCGGCCCAACAUCGGUGACCUCACUCUAGCUGACGUCUCGGUGACGAGAACGGACAGAGGGGUCUACUUCCGGCCUGGGCAAAGGCUAAAGGACAGACUGUUGGCCUUUAAAAAGUCAUCACUUCUAAACUACAGGGAAGGAUUUCAUGAUGACACCAGUAAUGACUUCGGUUUGACGUCUCCAGAUGCAACCUAUACAAGCAGCAUGCCGUAUGCCCGGCUUGGCUGGUCUCUCACAUCCGGGGACCUGGAUGGCGACGGCCAGCCUGACCUCGUGAUUGGUUCUCCUGGAUACGGUUCCCCUGGCAACCAACAACAUGGCGCCGUUUACGUCAUCUACUCUACGAGAGACGGUCAACUACCGAUCAGGGACCUUGAUGUCGACAAAGAAGCCAACAUUACUUUAUUUGGCAAAGAGCCCAACGGUCGGUUUGGCUCCGCAGUCGCCGUGGUGGACCUGAACAAGGAUGGGGUGAAUGACCUCGCGGUCAGUGCACCUUCUGUUGGAUCGCCCUUCCUCAACUACACGGGAGAAGUCUAUGUGUAUCUUGGACCUCUGAAGGCGGGGUUCUCAACACAAGAACCAAGUAUUCGUCUGACGUGCAAGGAAGUAUAUUGUAACCUUGGCCUGACGCUGUCCGGAGAGGACAUGAACCAGGACGGUGCCGCAGACCUGUUGAUCGGGUCUCCGUUCGCCCCAGCAGGCGGGCAGCAGCGAGGCUUCGUGGGGCUGUUGUACGCCAAACACAGCAUCAAAGAUUCAAAGGUCCAGUUAACUGCCGACAGUCUUGAUUGGAGAGUAAACGGCACUCAGGAUUAUGAAUGGUUCGGGAGGCGCGUACGCGGGCUCCACCAGGAAGGGACGUCAUCCAAGGUUCUGGUCGGAUCUCCGACAUGGCGUCAUUGCGCAAGAGAAAGUUGCUCGUACUCUGAAAACGACACACAGAGCGUCGGGCGAGUCUCCGUGUACGCCCCGCCAUCUCUUCAACCUCAGGAGCAGUCGGUGGAAGGGACAUCAGAGUUCGGCAAGUUUGGACAGGCAAUCGCCACAGAGUCAACGCCGGCCAAAAACAACGCAGAUCUGAAGAUUGCAUACGCGUCACCGACAGCAGGGACGACCGGCACGUCCAGGGACCAGCGCGGCUCCGUUGUGGUGAUAAACGCCAAAACAGGAGAGACCGUCACACGGCUGUGUGGAGAUCGGGACUACUCUAGAUUUGGAUGGGACGUCGCUUUUGUUGACAUAAACAUGGACGGAAAAGACGAACUUCUAGUCAGCGCACCCCUGAGAACAGACGAUCCCACCGAGGAGCUUUACGGGGGGGAGGAGGGUCGUGUCUACAUCUACGAAGGAGAGACGUAUUCUCACCAAACCGCGGAGGACUCUUGUCAGCAAGCCCAGACUCUCUCGACCCUUGGAACGGAAGAGGCGAAGUCCCAGUUCGGAAGCACCCUAGCGACUUUACGUUAUCACGACAGGACAAACAUCAUCGUGUCUGCAGUCCACAGCUCCAAGACCGCCAGACUAGCUGGGGCUGUUCACGUCUUCACCAUUUCUAAGACAGACAGUCGUUUGCCUUGAGGUUAAGCUUAAAUAAUAUCUGAUUAAUUCAGGUAAGAUGCAGUUAUUACCAGAAGGAUGUAAUCUGAGUUUAUAAAUGUACAGUGC